AUGUCCGCUGUUGGAAAGUUUCCCUGUUCUCUCUCGCGCUUCUGUUCGCUGCAAACGCUGAAGACACUUGCUGAAAGAAGACUGUGUACCAGCCAAACCUUAACGUCUCCAGAACAUGCCAAAUAUUUCCCACCGAAGACAACACCAAUGCUGCCACCUGGAACUUUCACUGGGAAACUUGCCUUCAUUACAGGUGGCGCCACAGGGCUGGGUAAAGGCUUGGCCUUUAAUUUAUCACAGCUUGGGGCAAAAGUUGUUAUUGCUAGUCGGAGUGCGGAGAGGUUGAAGCAGACAGCAGACGAAAUAUCCAGUGCUACAGGCAACCCUGUUUUGGAUUUGCGAUUAGAUGUGAGAGACCCAGCGGCAAUUAAAAGUGUCUUUGAUGAGCUGGAGUCCAAACAUGGUCUUCCUGACAUUGUAGUCAACAAUGCUGCUGGCAAUUUCAUUUCUCCGUCCGAGCGCUUGUCUGCCAACGCAUUCCUGACAGUGAUUAACAUAGUGCUUAAUGGCACAGCAUUUGUCACAUUGGACGUUGGGAAAAGACUCAUCAAAGCCAAAAAAGGAGCAGUAUUUCUAGCAGUAUCAGCUGAUUAUGCAGAUUCAGGCUCAGGGUUUGUUAUCCAUAGUGCUGCAGCCAAAGCUGGUGUCGAGGCUUUGACACGGUCACUGGCUUCUGAAUGGGCACGCUACGGGAUGCGAUUCAACGCCAUCUCUCCUGGACCCAUAGAAACUAAGGGUGCCUUUAGCCGCUUGGACCCAACAGGUCAGUUCAUGGACACAUUCAUCAAACGGAUUCCACUUGGGCGGCUAGGUGCGGUAGAAGAGUUUGCCAAUCUGGCAUCUUUUCUUGUCAGUGACUACUCCAACUGGAUUAAUGGCCAGGUCAUCCGCUUAAAUGGAGGUGAAUAUCCAUGUACGGCAGGUCUCUUCAAUGAUCUCAAGCAGGUAUCCAAUGAACAGUGGGAUGCUCUGGAAGCCAUGAUCAAGUCCGUAAAAGGAUCUUAA